CUCACAGCUGAUCUGACUUAUUCCAAUGAAGGAGCUGGAGGCGUCAGUCUGUGUCCUGAGUCCAGAGGAGAUCAUGAACCUGCUCUUUGUGGUGGUCGUGUUUGUUUUCCAGUACCUGAAAGUUGUGAACUCCAGUCCUCUACCAGAAGCAACGCAAGUGCUGAGGAAAGACUUGCUCCUCAAAGUCGUACAUUACAUGGAGUCAAACCCAGAGACUUUAGAAGAACUGUUGAACAAGAACCACAGAGUGUUGGAAGGAGACAUGAUUCUGAGGACCAACAGGAAUGUGGUUGGUGAAACUUGGCCGACGCUGGAGAUCCCGUACGUCAUCAGCCCGGAUUUAGCCAGUAAGAAACACGAAAUCCUCUCUGCCAUGGAGCUGGUGUCCAAACAAACCUGUGUGACUUUCCACCAGCGAACAACGGAGGAGGAUUAUCUGAUGUUCGUCACCAGCAAAGGUUGUGCGUCGUACGUUGGCAUCAUCGGUGGCGAGCAGCCCGUGAUGGUCGCACCCCAGUGCAGCAUGGGUAACAUCGCCCACGAGAUUCUUCACGCUCUGGGUUUCCACCACGAACACACGAGGAUGGACCGCGACGAGUACAUCACGGUUUUUCCACAAAACAUCAUGCCAGGGAUGGAGAUGAACUUCGGGAAGUUCGAUGGCGUAACGUUUGAUCUUCCAUACGACAUCACUUCCAUCAUGCACUACGGAAGCUGGUUUUUCUCCUCGAACAGCCAACCCACCAUCGUGGCAAACAAAGAGGAGAAGGACAUGGGUCAGAGGGUUAGAAUGACCGAGAUGGACGUGGAGAGAGUUCGACGUCUCUACCAGUGUGAUUCCCUCAAACAUCCGUCUGGGAAUGAAAACGUUAACUCUACAGAGGAGGAGAAGGAGAAGAAGAAGAAGGAGAAGGAUGUAAACAUGCACAUCAUGGCCCACGAGCUGAUAUCAGACCAGAAACACUGAGCUCAGUUGUAGCUCCGCCCCCAUCAUCCAUCAUCAGAUCCAUUCAUCAAUAAAACCUCCAGAACUGAUCUGAUGUCGUCUUCUUCUUCUUCUACAUAAAUAAACCUGGUUCCUCAUUAACUGGAA